AUGAAAAAAAUGAGAUGACAGCACAAACAGUGUGGCAAGAAUGCUACGCAGUAUGUACCUGCUGAGAGAAUAUUUUCCUGUCAAAUCUGCUCCAACCUAAAUUAUCCAGAAGCAGAGCCUUUAGUAGAGAGUGAAGGAAUUGUAGUAAUUUUUAAGAUCAUAAGACAAGUGAUCAAGUAUUGCACCCAAAUCCCUUCAGAACAGAUUAAAGCUCUUGCAGUUGAACUAGACCAAGAACUUUCCAUACUAGGAGACAAGCUUUGGAAGAGCAAGGAUGGGAGCUUAACAAAGCAGCCUAGAAGUAUGGAAAAAGAACUAAACAUGCUGUAUUAUAGUCAGCUUCAAUGAUCUCCAGUGCUAUCUGAAUAUCUUAUGAACAGAUUUUGAGAAACUCAACUCAAAAUCGCAAAUGGAGAGGACCCAGAGAUAGAGAUUAUCAAUCUUGAACACAGAUUGAAUACGGAAUGGGAACAAAGACUUGAAGAUUGCAAGAGAGACUAUAAAGCAAUUAUCGACCUAGUGAUAGAGAGAAAAGAUAAAGAAAUCGAAAGGAUCCAGAACGAAAAUGAACAAUCAAUCCAAGCGUUACAUGAGAGAUGGAGGACCGAGCUUGAGGAAGUUUCUAAAGAGAAUGAUGCUGAACUUGAGCGAGCUGGUGAGAUACACAUCCAACAGCUUACUUUUAAGGAUCACCAAUAUUUCCAAAUGGAGCAAAGGCUAACUAGUGAAAACUCAGAUUUAAUCGCAGAAAUUCAAGAAUUAGAGAGGGAGAUUGAUAAUGUGAGCAAAGAAUUAGAGACAUUCACAAGAAGACUAGCAUGAAGAGAUAGCCAGUUAGCUAAAUUAGGCUCUAUUCAGAAUAAGAACUAUGAUGAGAUCAUAAAACUCAGAACUUUGAAUUUUCAAUUAAGAAAAUCUUAUGAUAAGCUGUAUCUAUUUUCAUAUAAAAAGAUAACUGGUAAAGAUGUGCUGAUUGAUAAGGAACAAAAUAUUGAUAUUGAUUUCUCAAAUAAGAAGAUGAGACAGUUUGUCAGGAAGUACUCAGAGUUUAAAUUACCUGACUGAAAAUAUAUAUCUUUAAGAAAUUUGCUUCCAGAAGAUCCAGACUUUAUGCAAUCUUUAGCUGAUAUAUUUCCAUCUAGAGCCAACAAAUUGUAUCUAAACUGGAACAACAAAGAAACCCUCCCGAUCAAAGACUACAUUCCUCAAAUAAUCUCUCUCUCCUCAUCCAUCUCUGAAGAACUCGUCCUAAUGUACUUCAGUAUCCCCACUUUGUGCCUAUCCCUUAUCUUCAAGUACUACUGCUCGACCUCCCAAAGCUCCUUAUGUGGUCCAAUCUCUUCGUUAACUUUCUACAGAUGUAGGCUACUAACCGAUACUCCAGUUGAUUUCUCUACCAGCUUAGCUACCUCUCAGCUAUCAAAUCUUAUUUUUAUCGAAUGAGGAGAUUCCCAGUUCUCAAAUUGGUGAAGCGCCCCGCAGAGAUUUACUUACCUUGUGAAGGGGUUUAAGAAUUGAUAUGUGUUUAAGAGGAAUUUGAGAGAAAUUGAUUUUGGACAAGGGUAUUUGAGCAAGACGAAGGCGAAGAAGUUGUUCAACGAAGUUGGGUUUUUGCCAGAUGUGGAGUUUGCAUAAAGGGUAAAAUGUGCUCAGGAGAGUGAGAGAUGCAUUGGAGAGGCUCUG